AGUCCCUGUCUGACAGUGAUCCGUCUGCUCGGAAGAUCUUCAGGACUAGAAGGACUGUUAUACAUUUGAAGAAGAAGCAUAAGCAACCCCAAUCGACUUUGCCGUUAUACACCCAAGACAGUUAAAGUGGAAAUGGGCAUGAGCGCGCAUCUGCGAUGAGCGUCUGUCCUAAAUCCACAGUCAGUGUUCUCUUUUUGUGUUAAAUAUCAAACAAACAAUGUCCCGCUGCUGAAGAUGGGAGGCAGUGGCUCCAAGUCCAAGGGCCUUUGGCCUUUUGCCGGCUCCACUUCCGGUUCCGGUUCGGAUCCAGCGCAGGAAGCCACUGAGCAGUCCCUGGCCAGGCUGCGGGGCUCCAGAACCGCCACUCCUUUUGUGUUCACCAGGAGGAGCUCACUGUACUAUGAUGAAGACGGUGAUCUAGCCCAUGAGUUCUAUGAGGAGACAGUUGUGACAAAGAACGGGAGGAAACGGGCCAAGCUGAAGAGAAUCCAGAAAAAUCUGAUACCUCAGGGAAUUGUGAAGCUGGAUCACCCCAGGAUCCAUGUGGAUUUUCCAGUUGUUCUGUGCGAGGUGUGAAGAAGUCCACAUGUUCUGCUGGUGCAGGCCAAGCCACCCUGAAAAGUCCCUCCCUUACAUGCCCCUCAGCUACCCAGUUGUCCCAUUGAUCUUCGUUCUCACAAGUGGCAUUUGUGGAGUGUGCGUACAGCACCUGCUAGUGGACAGCAAGGCCCACUGCAAGCUGAAUUUUAGCUGCUGCCACUGAGCUUGCAAGAAUGAUCAGACAUGGUCAUCCACGGGUUGCGGAAAUGGACCUGGAGGAUCAGCUGACGACAGGUGAAGAAGUUCUGGAGCAGAAGAAGGAAGACAGAGUGGAUAAACAACUAGCUGAAUUGUCCUAACUUGUAAGAAAUAUGCAUUACAGUCCAGCUGUCUACAUGCCGUUUGGUGUGUUCUCUCCUAAUACAUUCUGUGUGUUGGCAAAAUGCUGGAAACCUCCCUGGAAUGAAUUCUGGGACAAAUUCUUGCUUUUUGUGUUUCAAGUGUCUGUACCAAUAACUUAUAAUGAGAAAAGUAGUGCAUUGUUAUUGGAUACAGACAGAACUUGGUCAUGUAAUCAGUUAGGUUUGUUAAUGAUAUGAAACUGUGCUGGAUGGAAAGCAGGAAUGCCUAGUCUUGGAGGGAAAUGUCAGAAGAAACAAACUCUUAAAUACCAAUAGUUGCUUGUCUGUCUUACAGAAUAAAUAUCAUGCAUGAUGUGUCCAGGAAUAGGUUUGUACUCCUUUUGCACUUCGAGCCAGUAGGAUCUCAUAGAAAUAGUGUAGGCCCCAGAUCUGAGAUGCCCACAGUUGUUGUAAAAUUCACCUGCUGUUAGGUAUUAUGAAAAUAAUGUGGUAGACAUUUGAAUUCAAAACAUGAAUUUUGCACUGUUCUUUCUGCAAUCUGACGAUGUAACUUAAGAUCUGACUUACUGCUGGCUUGAGGUACACCUCAGCGGCUGCUUACUUUAUAAUAUGACGUCAAAGAUGGUGGACUCAAGAAAAUACCCUAAUUUAACUGACCCAUUUUAUGUAGUGGAUAUUUGGAUGAAUAAUUUUUAAAAUAUUGUAGCUGGAAUGCUACAUUAGUGCUUCAUGUAAAACUUGGAACUUCUGUUUGAUUGUUGAACUGCAAAGUCUGGUUUCUGUAGUGUUACCCUUCAGAUAUUAUAUCUUAUUUUCUUAUUUGCUUGGCUGAUUUUUAUCCUCAGUGAUAACAGUUGUGUACCGGUGAAUCCAUUAGAAAGUAUGUUGUAUUGGUAAGUCUCAGGGUGUAACAGCCUUUUCCCAGUUGGCAUUUGAAAACAUAAUGUUUGGAUCUUUCAGAUCAUAAGUCAGUUGUUGCCUGAAGAGUUAAUAAAGAAUCAUUUCACAGAUGCUGCUGUCCAGACUGGACAGUAAAGAAACUGUAAGCCUGUACUUGAAUCUAGCACUCUUUCCUGACAUCAAUAGCUUCUGAACAUACACUGUGUACAUCUUAACCCCUGUUCUCUUUACUGCUGGGGCAGAAUGUACUAUAAGGAAGAGCUUGCUCUUUAUGCCAUCUUCACGACACUUAUGGGAAGAGUUGUGCGCAUCUUCAGUUCACCACCGUCAGGGAUCAGGCAGAAGCCUUUCUGCGACACAGUCCUCAUGGAGUUGUGUGAUUUUUGGGUUCUCGUACUGCUCCUUGUCUCCAGGCUGACAGAAUCCUGGUUAUUUUUGUUCAUUAUGUCAUAAAGGGCGGCUGAAGGAGGGAUGAAUGAUGUGACACCAUAAUGGUUCGAGAUCAACCACUAGUGUGCUCAGUGAAGAAAAUUCAAAACCAAUAUGAGAGAUUAUCUUUCUUAGUAUCUUACAGAGAAGUAGCAAAUAUUCAAUGUUACGGUGAAAUUAUACAAUGUUUACACAAGUAAUACCUUUAUUUGAACACAGUGUUGUGUAUAGAGCAAGUCUACGUUAGCAUGAGGGUUUGAGGAGCCUACAUAUAUACUGAAUAAGAGGAGUGUGACAGGCCUCCUUUCUACGACUUGGAUGUUGUGAAUAAAAUCAGCAAGAUUUAGGGAGGUUCUAGUGUAAUGUUUACCUGCUCUGCUUGUUUUUGGAUGAACUCCUGCAUAGCAUCUAUUGGGCCCUAUUUUAUCGCCUUAUACACCUUAACCCUUUUUGGGAUGGGGACAUGGUCAGUUUGCCACACUCAGCAAAAGUUUGGAGUUCUAGGAAAAAGAUUUUUUUUAAUGUGGAGUUUUAGUCUUUCCAUGGUAACAGACUGUGCCUCUCUUGCAUGUCUUCAUUUCUUGGCGUAAACCACCCCUCUUCAGUGAAGACGAGCAGUUUUUGAGCUGUAUUUUGUAUGACAGCGCCGGUACCAUGAAAGGCUCAGAGCUGUCUAUCUGUCAUGCUCUAUUACACUUAAGUUUCACAGAGUUUGUGGAUCAGACUUUUUUUUUUUUUUUUUUCCCCCCCCCCCCCCCUUCCAGGGCAUACUUAAAAGCAGCCUACACUCAAGGUAUAUGUACAUCGUGACUAUUUAAAGGAAUAUAUUGUUUGGCUGGAUUGAAUGAAAGAUGAAUGACUUAAGCAUUUCAGUAAUCUGGAUUUUAUUUAAAUAUAUUAAAGGGAUGCCCUGAUUAGGAGCAAAAACUCUUGAUUUGUAGCAUACAGGCCUCUUUUGCGAUUUGCAUGGUGUUUAUGAAGCAUUUAUUUUAAUGGAAUUUUACUGUAGUUUUGUAAUGACUAGGCAGAAUGCCUCAUGCUAAAUAUGGAUUAAUGUAAAUCUCUUUUCACUGAUUUUCGCCCUUUCGGUAGUUCUCUUACCCCAAUUCUCUGGUUAAUAAAACUGAAAUAAAAUGAAUAAAUAUGAGCCCCCUGUUAACAAAUGGAAUGGUUAUAAGGGAAACGCUUGCCUACCUAGCAAGUUGUUUCAACAGCUAGGCUUCUUUUAGAGACUAUUGUUGAGGCAUAAGUGUGUUUGUGAUUUAGCAUAUUCCGAUAUGGCUCUGCUUAUGGAAGUGUGCACCAAUGCAUUGAGCAAAAAGACAUCUCUUGAGCUGAUUAAUCUCAAGAGAAUAGUUUUCAUUCUGUGUAUUCUGUGAGCAUCCUUACACAACAGAGCCACACAAGCUCACUUGACUUGGCAUUUUUUGCCCAUCUUUUCUCUUGACUUGUACCAUUACCUUUUUCUUGGGGAGUGUUUUUGGAAUGCAAACAUUCAGACAAUGUAGGUAGCACAGAAAAUGUAGCAUAAGUCAUUCUUGAUCUCCUUGCAGUAAGAAAAAAACACUCCUGAGCUGAAAAUACAGGGACGAUGGAAGCCAUGAAUAUUGCUACUCGAUUGUGGUCGACAUCCUGUUCUGUAACAGUUCCCUCUUCCUCAUGCAGUCCAGAAGUGAAAACACAGAUAAGCAGACCAUGAUGAACCGAAGGGACAUAAUGUGUAAGGACAGGGGUGCUGUUGCUCUGAAAGUAGAGGCAGAAUGGCAAUUAAGGAUUUAUUUCAGUUUUUCUAUUAAAUAAAUGAAGUGUGUGCAUGUUUUGUUGAUGACUUCAUGGAUUAAAUGUAUUAGGAAAAAUCCUAUGCUGAUGAAC